AUGUCUACUGAAAUAAAAAGACACCCCCGAUGGUUUUUCGGCGGUUUCGCGGCGGCAGGGGCGGUAUUUAUCACUCACCCUCUAGAUUUAUUGAAAGUCCACAUCCAAACCAACGUAGGAAGACAAGUUUCCAUCGCUAAUAUGACGGUAGAUAUAGUAGAAAAACAAGGAUUACGCGCUUUAUAUUCAGGUAUAUCAGCUUCGAUUUGCAGACAAUUAACGUACUCUACGACAAGAUUCGCGAUGUACGAUUACGCUAAAACCCACUUGGACAUGUCGAAUUUCAGCACUAAAGUAUUGAUAGGAGCCGUAUCCGGUGCUGCAGGAGGUUGGGCCGGCGUACCUAGCGACGUGGUUAACGUCAGAAUGCAGAACGACGUCAAAUUACCUCCGGAGAAACGGAGAAACUACAAACACGCCAUCGACGGUUUCGUGAGGGUUUAUAGAGAAGAAGGCUUGCGACAACUCUUCAGAGGUUCCACCACGGCUUCGGUUAGAGCGGUGAUGAUAACGGUCGGUCAACUUUCCGUGUACGAUCAAAUUAAGAUGAUCUUGUUAAGGACCGGGUUGUUCACCGAUAAUAUGAUGACUUAUUUCAGCUGCAGUUUUAUCGCUGGUAUCGCUGCUACUUUAUUAUCUCAACCUUUGGACGUUAUCAAAACUCGACAGAUGAAUGCCAAACCCGGGGAAUUUAAAGGUAUUUUAGAUUGUGUCAUUUUUACUAGUAAAGAAGGUCCUUUGGCGUUUUUUAAAGGUGUCGUACCGUCUUCGGUUAGAAUUAUACCUAAUACCAUUAUAACUUUUUUAUUGUAUGAAUUUUUUACUAAUCAUUUUGGAUAUAUAACUGUUGUGAAAGACUAGUUGUAAUAUAUAGGAUGUUUUUAUCUAUUUUGAAUCUAUUUGUUACUAUGAAGGGAAAAAACACCACCAAAACACCAGCGCUCACAAUUAAACUGUCUGACGCGCGUUUCGAUAACCUUUAUAGACUCUGUGAAGACGA